CUGUCGUCCGCCGCCCUCGAUGUCCACCCGGACGAGCCCAACGUCCACCCGCGGCUGCGCGAGCUGGCGAGGAAGGGCAAGGUGAUGAUCACCUGUCACAACGCGGGGGGGACGGUGGACACGCACAAGGGGUUCGAGGAGCUGAGUAUGCGGAAUAUCAUGGCCGUGCUGGCGGGCGGCAAGGCCAUCACACCGGUCAACAUGAGGUUCCUCAAGUCGUAG